AAAGAGUGGCGUUAGUGGAUCCACCUUUAAACAGAAAAUCGGUGUAACAAGAAUAUACUGAAACCUGCCAGUCAUUCGAUAAUUUAAGCCGAUUCUUUUGUGCUUAACGUUGUAAUUAAUGUUAUAAAAAACUAUUACAAAUAAAAUCAAAUCAAACAAAAUGGGAUCUGUACGUGUAAUCAACAAUGAAAGUCAAUUUUAUAGUCAAUUGACUGGUGCUGGUACGAAAUUGGUCGUUGUAGAUUAUACAGCUACGUGGUGUGGACCAUGUCAAAGAAUGGCACCGGUAUUUGAACAAUAUUCAGUUAAAUAUCCCAACGCUGUAUUUCUCAAAGUAGACGUCGACAAAUGUGCAGAAAUUGCAGCUUCCCAAGGUGUCAGUGUAAUGCCCACUUUUAUUUUCUAUCGCAACAGAACUAAAUUGGGUUCCUGUCAAGGAGCUGAUGCAGCUGGACUCGAAUCGAAAAUACAACAAUAUUAUGGAAAUGGUGAUAACGAAGAAUCUGAGAGUUCAGUUACUGGACAUAUGGAUUUAAAUACAUUCAUUGCUAAAACGCAAUGCGAAUGUUUAAAUGAAUCGGACGAUCACAACUUUGUUCAAUGCUUAACAACCGACGAUGGAUAUUUAGAGAGUGAUUGCGAUGAACAAUUAAUAUUAUCUAUUACUUUUACACAAGCUGUUAAAGUACAUUCCUUAAAAAUCAAAGCACCAACAGAUUCGGGACCAAAAUAUGUCAAGCUUUUUAUCAAUCAACCUAGAACUAUAGAUUUUGAUAUGGCAGACUCCAAUACUAGUGUUCAAGAUCUUACAUUAUCGUCAAAAGAUAUCGAAGAAGGAAAUCCAAUUCCACUGCGUUACGUGAAAUUUCAAAAUGUACAGAAUCUUCAAAUAUUUAUAAAAACUAAUCAAGCUGGAACUGAUACUACUAGAAUCGAUCAAUUGAUUAUAUAUGGAUCACCAAUUUCAACAACCAAUAUGGGUGAAUUUAAAAGAGUAACUGGUAAAAAGGGAGAAAGUCAUUAAAGUAAUAUUGAAAACAAAAUGAAUUCAAAAGAAUUCUAUUCUAAAAUAAUAAU